AUGGUGACGGCGAGCGUCUUGCUGAUGGCGAGGUUGAUGUCGCCAACGCUGAUAGUGGAAAUGUUGUCAAAGGAACCGACACAUGAGGAGAAAGUGAUGCAAGUGGAUCAACUUGUGCAGGAGGGCAAGGAGGCUGAGAAGGCGGAAGAACCUGAGAAGGGAAAACCCGAGCCAGAGGAACAAGAGGAGCCUGAGAAGGGAAAGCCUCCACCGGAAGAGCCUGCGGAAGAGAAGCCCCAGAAAGAGGUGCACGAACAACCCACUGCGCAGGAGAUGCCCCAAAAGGAUCAGCUUCAAAAGGAGGAGGCCCAUCAGGAGGCGCCGCAAGCGGGCAAGGCCGAGACGGAGGAGUCCCAAACAGAGGAGCACCACAAAGUGGACCCUGAAGACGAGCUCCCAGAAACCAAGACGACGGCGACCGCGACUCUUGACGAGGCGGAGGCAGCGGAGGGUUUGAAUCUCGAGGAGGAGCCUGGGCUGACCAAGCCGGCGCCGGCGCCAACUUCCCAGGAAGUGUCCUGCGUCAGGUACAUUAUCAAUGGCUUCCAGACGCCGAUGCUCAACGGCGUCUAUGAACUCAAGCGGGGCAAGUACGUGGGCCAUCGGCAGACGUAUUGGAAGAUGUGCGAUGACCCGACGCAGGAGGUCUUCAUGUUCUUCUACGCUCAAGAGCAGAGGUGGCAGCUGUGCCCACUGUAUGAGGUGGGGAACUACGAGCCGGAACAGAGCAUGUUCAAACAAGCGAAAGAGGGAGAAGGACGAGGUCUGGCCUACAGCACGGCAGAGGAGCGAGUUUGGAGAGAGUUCGUCAAUGGCGCGUGGAUGCUGGCGGAGUUGCAGAUCAGCUUCGACCAGGGCAGUGGCAAAUUCGACGCCGCACUGGAACCGCACCAGAGCGAGGUGCCAGGCACCCCGGGCCUGCCGCCGAUCGGACAGGGCUGGCCAGGGCAGGGAAACAUGCAGGCACCUCAGACGCCAGCUCUGGCUUUCGCGCAGGUGCCGGGUACCCCUGGCAUGCCGCCAAUGCAGCA